UGAGAAUAACAGUUCCAGCUCCAUGUCGAAUAAGACUAUUUUCUUUGACGAUCUUAAAAUACGAUAUCCGAUGUGCAAUUGUUAGCCAAUAAUUUUGAAUAGGAAGAGUGAACAAUAUUAUCAAUAAUAAUCGAGAAAGAUGCAGUCUGAUGCUAAUGAAUCUGAAACAUCCUUGGAAACAGUAGACUACCAUUCCAGCACAACUUCAGAUAGUGGGAUCUCGCAGAUAAGCGGUGAACAAGAAGAAUGGACCUAUUCCUUAUUCUCUGACAUACUGAUCACCCUGCACCUUGGGGCAGCAGGGGUAUUUUUGGCAUAUUCCGUGAAAAACCUAUUGAUAGAAAUAUAUCUGCCAACAGUAGCUUCAUUUGGAUCCCAUGCUGCAAUGUUUACUGCCUUCGUGAAAUCAUUGUACUCUAUUGGUGCAAUUUUACUGCGUCCAGAAGUUUUUAUUAGUGUACUAGUGAUAUUGGCAUCCCUUUAUAUAGGAAAAGAGCUAGGUAAUUUUAGGGUACUGAGGAUAAUAGGGAAACAAUUGGCAUUUAUACUAUCGCGGUUUGUAUUUUACAUUGUAAUAUUUCUGCAUUACUACUGUAUUCGAGUUUUUCUCGAGAAUUCAGUUUGAGAAAACCUAUUUACUCUAGUUUUUACAUUGCUAAGGAAUUAUUUAUUAUAAUUUUGUCAACAUAAUUAAUUUAUUAUUAUAAUCUUCCAGCUGUUGAACUUCAUCGAAACAAAUAAAGUUCCGAAUCAGAUGAAAAUU